AUGUACUUCCCCAGUUUACCACUCGACUCUCCCAACUCAUCGCUGUUUGAUACCUUUGGAUCGAUUUCUCAAAGCGAGCUGCCAGCAGAAGCAGCAGACGUCUGGCCAGCCCGCGUGCACGAGCAUAACCUGCUCCCAUGGAUCGACGUGUAUUUCAAAAGGCUUCAUCCGACCAUGCCAAUACUUAACAGGGCAAACAUGUAUUGCGAGAUGCUUUUGCGGAAGCAUCGAACAGACCCUCAAUAUGGCGCUAUGCUGCUUGGGCUGUGUGCUUUCGCUAUGACGCAGCCUGUCCAGAUACACGAAAGAGGUUCAAUAGCCUCUCGAUCGGUUCAAGCUCGAAUGCUGAUGGAAGAGUGCGUUCGGAUGCGGAUGGCGCCAGACUUUGGCGAGGAUCCCACGAUAGAGACGAUACUGGCCAGCUUCUUCUUAUUCGCCUGUCUGUUCGGCAGCCACCAACACAAGGCCGCUCGUCAUAAACUACGAGAAGCAGUCGACUUGGCCUACUCUUUAGGCAUGCAUCUGCCUCAAUCAUAUACAGGUCUUACGCGAGAGCUGAGGGAGCAGUGGCUACGGACGUAUCUGGUCCUCUCCGUUACCGAAAGGGCCUAUGCUCUCCAGCAAUCGCAUUCCAUCAGCUUUAGAGGUCGCCCUGGUAUCACGGCUCGCUUCAUGCAAGCGUUCGACCCCAGUGCUACGAACGAGUACAUCUCGUCCCUCAUCUAUCAAGACCGAGCGGACGCAGUAGGAAUGACCGCUCUACUCUACCUCAUGGACACGUUUGACGCUAUCGACGAGAGCGUCAUGGACUGCUGGAACGGGUACUGUAGAUUCAGCGACGGAGCAUGCGAAUCCUUCGAUCGGCGGCGGGCUUUACAGAUGUUCCGAGCACAGCAUCGAGUCCGCGACGCAUGUCUGACGGGCACCAUCCUAUUCGCACCCUCUGUGGAACCACUUCCGAUGGCCCAAUUACUCGAAAGCCAGCAAAUCGACAUAUCCGUAACACAAUUGUGGCUCCUUGGACGACUGUGGCAGCUCUGUUUGACUCAUGGUAUGCUGCGAGAGACUUCUGAUCACGCAGAAUUGCGCUUCGACUUCGCAUUCAGAAUUGGAUUGAUCCUCAUGUCGAGUUGCAACGUAUACAGCCUAUCCGCCAUGGAGGUUCAUGGCGUCGGGCUAGUGGAGAAGGUCUAUGAUGUCGCCAUGGGCGUCAUUACGGCCAUGAGUAGCUGCUCCAGCCUACAUCUGGACCUGGUGAUUCUCUCAGAUUCCGAUGUCAUCGCGAGUCCGCAUCCGGUCAUUGAGACGAAAGUCAGGGAACUAUUGAACGGAUUUGCCAGCCUGAUGCGGGAGUUCCGAGGCGGAGAUCACAAAUACAAUGCUCAAUUCGAGACGGCUCUUGCUGGCAUACCCGGGUUCCACGGCUGA